UGUUUCGUGAAUUUGUCUCCGUCUCUCCCAAAGUCAACAUAGAUCCCACACAAGAAUACUAUUGUGCCACAGCGAACGAUAGUCCGCGACAGUCCCUAGAGCAGGUGUCCGGACAGAUCUGUCCCUCCCACAGGUGCUGCGGCAUGACUGACUGGACAAACAGGUUUGAUAUGAAUUGAAGAGGCUAGAGAAAUGGGUUAUUUUUACAGUUCAAGAAGCUCAAAAUGUCAGUGAUUGUUGAUGGUGAUUGUGGUUUUGCCUAGUUUCUUGCGCCUCUGACCACAAUUUGCUAGUAGGCUAGAUAGCAGUAGUUAAUAGUUAGCUAGUUAGUAGUUGCAGUUUUGAAAGUCUAAUUAGUAGGCCUAUGCCUAUAUAACAUAGGCUUGUGUUGACUAAUAGGCGACAGCCUUAGAUUUCCAGCUGAUAUAAAACAGUAAGAGUGGGUAAAUUGAGCAAUUUAUUACAUUCAUUCAGCAUCACUUCAUCAUGGGAAAUAUUGUAUUAUUUCUAACAAAGAUAUCUACAUAUAUUUGUGGAUGUCGUGUAUCCACGGAAAUAAUCAGAAUUCAUGGCCAUUUCCUAGAAACCGGGGUGGCUCAGUUUAGCCAUUUAGCUCAACCUACCCCAUACUCCCCUGCAGCAUCCUAAAACUCAUAAAGCCGGCUCUUCCAGAAUUAAUGCGUAUGAAAAGCUUAGAUUGUGUUUAAAUAUUGAGGGACUGUUAAUCAGUGGGGUGUUUAAAAAAACCAUGUGGUUUGAAUGCCUUUGCCCACCACAUGCGUAAAUCGAAUUGUCAAUUCCAAAUGUCCUUAGCGCAAAAGUCCGAGUGUGCGUUUAAAAGCAAGCAGGUGUAGCCAGUGCCAUGUCUGGUCUGUGGUGCACAUCCUGCCCCUAGCGGUAUUUCUCUGAAAGUCCGUUUCACCUCGACUUUAUCUCUGACCUGUUGCCAUGGCAACUGUAAAGCGUGUGAUUACAAAAACAAGUGCUUGACCCAUCAUCGUCAGCGAGAAGCGGAGGUUCUUCAUUCGACAUCUACGGCGCCAUCUUAUUGCUUUGAGAGAGGUAGACCGAGACAAAUAGACAAGGUUGUCAUCAUCACUGGUAAUUAUGAGCGGAGCUAAAGCUCGCAUCGACCCGCCUGUUGCUGCUGAGAAUGUCUCGAUCACCGGGCACAGUUCCGCGGCUGCUGCGCGGGAGCGCAAGCCAGGUGGAGGGGUUCUGAAGAGACUCAAGUCUCGGCAAAGCCAGGUGGAUAGUAGGCCCGUCACAGAAGAUGAUCUUCGAACACAAGUUGGCCACAUCACCCCUGAAGAGGUUCUACGAUUGCCGGUUGCUACUCGGGGGUACCUGUGUAAACCAGAGGACAACAUCUUCGACAUAGAUUUUAUCCGCUUUAAAAUCAGAGACUUGGAGACAGGGACUGUGUUAUUUGAAAUUGCCAAACCACCUCAUACGGAGGAAGAUGAGGAGAAUGGAGAGGGAGACAUGAGUGCCGGGCGUUUUGUAUGCUACCAGUUCACCACUGCAUUCCUACGACUGAGGACUGUGGGAGCCACAGUGGAGUUUACGGUUGGUGACCGCCCUCUGAACAGCUUCAGGAUGAUUGAAAGGCACUACUUCAGGGAUCACCUCCUGAAGAGCUUUGACUUUGACUUCGGCUUCUGUAUCCCCAACAGCCGCAACACCUGCGAACACAUCUACGAGUUCCCUCAGCUGUCUGAGAGCUUGGUUCAUCAGAUGGUGGAGCAUCCCUACGAGACGAAGUCGGACAGCUUCUACUUCGUAGACAACAGACUGGUCAUGCACAACAAGGCAGACUACUCUUAUAACGGAGGCAGGCGUUGAGUGUCUUAUGUGCCUGUGUGUGUGCGUGUGUGUAUGUUUGUGUGUGUGCUGUGCCAAAGCGUUUACUCACACAAACAGACUCUCACCCAAGUGUUGAGUACUGUAAGUUAAACAAACUCUAUUGUCAUGGCAUAGCUGUAUGGGCUAGCAUGGAAAAGUUUAAGAACAGCAGGACAGAUCCACAUUAGGGCCAUAUAGACUACUGGCAGUGGUAUGGCAACAUUCUGCCAUAUAGACUACUGGCAGUGGUAUGGCAACAUUCUGCCAUAUAGACUACUGGCAGUGGUAUGGCAACAUUCUGCCAUAUAGACUACUGGCAGUGGUAUGGCAACAUUCUGCCAUAUAGACUACUGGCAGUGGUAUGGCAACAUUCUGCCAUAUAGACUACUGGCAGUGGUAUGGCAACAUUCUGCCAUAUAGACUACUGGCAGUGGUAUGGCAACAUUCUGCCAUAUAGACUACUGGCAGUGGUAUGGCAACAUUCUGCCAUAUAGACUACUGGCAGUGGUAUGGCAACAUUCUGCCAUAUAGACUACUGGCAGUGGUAUGGCAACAUUCUGCCAUAUAGACUACUGGCAGUGGUAUGGCAACAUUCUGCCAUAUAGACUACUAGCAGUGGUAUGGCAACAUUCUGCCAUAUAGACUACUGGCAGUGGUAUGGCAACAUUCUGCCAUAUAGACUACUGGCAGUGGUAUGGCAACAUUCUGCCAUAUAGACUACUGGCAGUGGUAUGGCAACAUUCUGCCAUAUAGUGCUUUGUCUUUCUCCCACCAAAAAUGAAAUGUGUCUCAGCUAACCAAGUGAUUUAUGUUAGUGUGUAAAAGGACAGUUAAUGUACUGUCAUACUCAUGAAGGACCAGACAAUGCCCACAUACAUACAGACAGGCAGACUGACAGGCAGAUAGGCAGACAGACGUAGAAACAAUCUCCCUCGCUCCCUCCUUCCCACUCCCUCUCUCUCUAUUUCUCUCUCUGUCGUUAGCUGCUGUGCCCACCCGCCACUCUAGAUGUAUUAAUAAGAGAGGAAGGGGGAAGACACACACAAACCCACUCACACACACACUCACUGUCAAACACACAUGCCAGCUCACUCACAUACAGUGCCUAGUGAAAGUCUACACACCACUUGCUUGUCCCCGGCAGGGACUGGUGAGUUUGCCAGGAUCAAAAUAAAUAUGAAACAAGCAAAUUCAAGGUAAAAAGUUAGAGGAAAACCUGCCUCAGUCUUCUGAAUACCCUGGAGUCAUGACUGUCUGAUAGAGUUGAUUUUACAGCGAGACAAUUACACCAAUGUUAAUGCCAAAGACACACCAGAAUGGCUUUCAAAGUGGUGUUGAGUGUUUCUGAAUGGUCCAGUCUCAGUCCUGACUUAAAUAUGCUUGAAAAUCAGAGACAAUGUUUGAAUAUUGCUGUCCAUCAAUGAUUCCCUACCAAAUGUACUGAGCUUGAGCAAUUUUGACAAAAACAAUGCAUAUAUGUUGCCCUAAGAGUUGUGCAUAGUUGGUAGAAUCUUAUUCAAAAUUAUUUACAGCUGUAAUUGUUGCCAAAGUUGCUUCCACCAAAUAUUAACUAUGGGGUAUGAAGACAUCUUAAUUUUUAAUCUAAAAAACAAGUUCUAUACUAUUUCUUUCACUUUGAAAAUGUGGAGCUUGUUGUGUAUAUCAGUAGGAAAUAAAAACUAAAUGUAAUCUCUUUUUGAAAUAUUUAAUUUGAAGGCAGAAAAUGUGACAACUGUGCAAGGGGUGUAUAGAUUUUCACUAGGCACUGAACUUUCACCACACCCCCUCCCAGAGAGACCUACUGUAGCAUGUCACCUGAAUGUACUUGCAUUCAAAUUCAACUUUAUUUAUAGUGCAUCUAAACAUGCAGGUCCAAUAACAUACUUCACAAACAAGUUGAUCAGAGGAAGGACUCUUAUGUUUACAGUCAAAUCGGAUUCAGAACGAAAUAAUCUAAAGCAGUAACAGACAGGUAUUGCAACUAAAACAUUUCUGUACAUAAUUUAUCCUUUAUUUUUGGUGUCCUUCAGUGAUUUGACAGGAACUUAUAAAUAGAACGUAGUAUUAUAUUUUUAUUUAUAUAAACUGAAAAGACAGCCCUGGUCAGAAAAUGUUCAACAAUUAUAUAUGCGGUCAUAUAGGAUACAGUUCUUUACACAACUCUUGAUUGUAUUAAUAUGACAGGUUCACACUUUUUAUUACCAUGUUUUAUCAUGUUAUAAAGUAAAAAGUUGUAGUGUUUUUGAUUGUUUCCUCAAGAAACACCAAAACUGCAUGAGGCAUCAAAAUGUGUGAAAUAUAUGUGGAGUUUAGGGAAAUUGGUGAUAGAUCUUUGUUAGAGAUAGCUAGAAAUCAAAUAGUGUAUCCUUUUGUGUUUUGUAAACUACUGGUGUCCAGGUUUAAGUGAAUACUUGUAUAAAAAAAUAGUAUCCAAAAUAAACAUGUGAAUUUUCAAAUGCCUUUGAUGAGGUGCAAAAGUAUGUUUCAGCAAUGUCAUUCAUUCAUUCAACCUGUUGAGAAGUUACUUUAAAGGAGAGUGAGCACCGCCCUUCCGGGUUUCCUAAGAAGGAAACAGUGUCAGGUGUUGGCCACGAGGGGGAGUUAUGUGACAAAGAAUCAAGUGAGAGGAACCUGUCCUGUUUUGGUGAAGAAUCUACUACAACAACAACAACUAAAUCACAGAUGAUCAAUCUGUUGAAUGAUUAAUGAUUCAAAACCAUUGAUUCUUGAAGAAUAUAAUUUGAAAUGCCUAUUGAGCUUACUAAUGAGUCUUAUCCUCAGUGGUGUAAAGUAACUAAGUAAAAAUCAUUUGAAGUACUUCCAAAAGGAAAAUGCCACAUUUGUUUCAUUAGUACCUUGUUUGAUAUAGUCCCAAAUGUUUUGCAUGUCAGCAAGCAAGUUUUCAAGAUAUAUAACUUUCAAAGUACAGAAAUAUAGCUGGUAUGAUGCAUUUGUCAUAUCAUGCAAAACGUAGUGUCAUGUGAUGCAAAAUUAAUCAUACUGGUUGUAUUUCUGUAUUUUGAAAGUUAUAUAUCUUGAUAACCUGAUUGCUGACAUAUAAACUGACUAUAUAAACAAUGGACUAAUGAAAGAAAUACCAAAAUAUUGUUUUUGGGUGGAGUUUACCUUGUAGUUUUUUGAGGGGUAUCUGUACUUUAUUAUUUAUAUUUUUGACACAUUUUACUUUUACUCCACUACAUUAGUAAAGAAAAUAUGUGCUUUUUACUCCCAUACAAUUUCCUUGACCCAAAGUACUCGUUACAUUUCGAAUGCUCAGGCAGUACAGCAAUUAUGUAAAUGAUGUCUGAGUUUUGGAGUGUGUCCCUGGCUAUUUGUAAAUAAAUCAAAAACAAGAAAA